AUGGACACCUCUUACCUAUCGUUUCCCAAUAUUGGGCUGGACCUGCCCCUCUACGGGAUCGUCAUAGUUGCGAUAACAAGUGCAUUUGCCAUUCAAGCGCUCUAUCGCCUUUACUUUCACCCUCUUGCAAAAAUUCCUGGUCCCAAACUCACGGCAAUUUCCUCCCUGUAUGAGUUUUACUAUGAUGUGAUCUGUGGAGGAAGAUUCCUCUUCCAGAUUGAGAAGAUGCAUGAACAAUACGGACCUAUUGUCCGGAUCAAUCCACGCGAAAUUCAUAUCAUAGAUCCCGAAUUCUAUCAUGAGAUUUACGCCCCAUCAACCCGCAAGCGCGAUAAGGAGCCCUCCUUCGUCAGCACGUACGGUGUCCCUUACGCGAUGGCCUCAACUGUCAAGCAUGACCACCACCGUUACAGACGCGGUCUGCUGAAUGACUUCUUUUCCAAGCGCUCAGUGCUGUCUCUGUCACCAGUGAUCGAAGCGCGAGUCGAACGGCUCAUGGACCGGUUCCAGGAGUUCCACGAAAAUGGCCGCGUAGUCAAUAUCUGCAACACCUUCGGUGCCCUAACGUCGGACAUCAUCACGCACUACUGCUACGGCAAGCACUGGGGGUUUCUCGAGGAUGAGGAGUUCCGCAGUGACAUCCGAACGGCCACAAAUGACUUUACGGCCUUUAGCCACGCGAACCGCUUCUUCCCCUUCUUGACGCCCCUGCUGCGGAGUGUGCCUACGGAAAUCAUGGCGCUGCUAAUGCCAGGGAAAGCUGCCCUAUUUGCAUUCGAGAGGUCGAUCUUUCAGCACUUCUCGGCUGUCAUCCAGGGGAAGGUGUUUACUCUCACGGGAGACCAUAACAUUGUGAAAAGACUGCAUAGCCCGGAGAUUCCCGCCGAGGAGAGAACACUGAGUCGUCUACAAGACGAAGGGUUCACUUUCCUUAUCGCAGGCACGGAAACUACUAUGCGUGCUUUGUCUUUUGCCACGUAUUACGUCUACCAGGAUCCAAAGCGACGUGGCCCGAGCUAG